AUGUCGGAGCUCAGCGAUGAGACCAGUGAGCCGGAACUCCUGAACCGCAGCUUGUCCAUGUGGCAUGGGCUGGGUGCGCAGGUCAGCCGAGACGAGCUGGACGUCCCCUUGGAUCUGCACACAGCAGCCUCCAUCGGCCAGUACGAAGUGGUACAGGAAUGUGUCCAGCGGAAGGAGUUUGAUUUGAACAAAAAGAACGGUGGCGGCUGGACCCCGCUGAUGUACGCCUCCUACAUUGGCCACGACACCAUCGUGCACCUGCUGCUUGAGGCAGGAGUGAGCGUGAAUGUGCCCACGCCAGAGGGCCAGACACCACUGAUGCUGGCCUCCAGCUGCGGCAACGAGAGCAUCGCCUACUUCUUGCUCCAGCAAGGUGCUGAGCUGGAAAUGAAAGACAUCCAGGGCUGGACCGCUCUCUUCCACGGUACCAGCGCGGGACACCAGCAGAUGGUCAAGUUCCUCCUGGACAGUGGGGCCAAUGCCAACACACGGGAGCCGGUACACGGGUUCACACCACUGAUGGAAGCCGCCGUGGCCGGCCAUGAGAUCAUUGUGCAGUAUCUUCUGAACCACGGGGUCAAAGUGGACACCAGAGACCACAGUGGCGCCACGGCCCGGAUGCUGGCCAAGCAGUACGGACACAUGAAGAUCGUGGGGCUGAUAGACACCCAUGCACCAGCUAUGCCCACUAACCUCUAUCGGAACCCAGAAAAAUAUGAAGACUUAAGCUCAUCCGACGAAUCCUGCUCUGUUCCUCAGAGACAGAGACCAUGCCGGAAGAAGGGCCUCAGCAUCCACGAGGGGCCGCGCGCCUUGGCCAGGAUCACUGCCAUUGGACUUGGGAGCAGGACCCCGCAGCCUUGCUAUGAGCAGGUGCCUCCUCGGGGCUAUGUCUCCUUCAACAGCAGUGAUGAGAACCCCCUGGAAGUGGGGGGCCUCUGCUACCGGGACGUCACUUCCCCCAUCAACGAGCGGGAUGUGGAGAGCAGCAGCAGCAGCAGUAGGGAUGAGCAGGCUUUCUGUGCCAACUGUGGGACUGCCCGGAGCAGCAGUGGCAAGGGGCUGCCCAGGGCCCAGGGCAUCAGCAGUGAGGCCUCUCUGGAGAGCAACGAGGAUUCCGAUCAUGCCCGUAAAAGCUCAGUCCGCAAGCAAACAAAAAGCUACAUGAAGACCAAGAGCCGUUACAACAACAGUGACAGCCAGUGCUCUCCCAGCACCACAUCUUCUGGGGCAGCCUGCCCCUCAGGGCCCCUCCCCCAAGCCCAGAGGGCCCCCCACUCAGGACCCCAGGACCUUGCGGCACUGCUGGAGCAGAUUGGGUGUCUGAAGUACCUGCAGGUGUUUGAGGAGCAGGAUGUGGACCUGCGCAUCUUCCUGACCCUCACCGAGAGCGACCUGAAGGAGAUCGGCAUAACGUUGUUUGGGCCCAAGAGGAAGAUGACCUCUGCCAUCGCCCGCUGGCACAGUAGUGCACGCCCCGCUGGGGAUGCCCUGGAACUGGCCUAUGCUGACCGGCUGGAGGCCGGGAUGCAGGAGCUGGCUCUCCAACUGAACAAGCGCUGUGAGGAGCUGGAGGCGGUACGGGGCCAAGUAUCACAGGAACAAGAGCUGCGCGCUGUGGUGGAGGGCUGCCUCCUAGAGCAGGACAGCGCCCGCCAGGCCGCACACACCCAGCUGCAGCAGACCCAGACCCUCGCCCAUGAUGCCACCCUUGUCCUGGACCAGUUACGACUCUGCCAAGCAGAGCUCGCAGCCCGGGUGAGGCAGGACGAGUUCCCAGCAGCCCUCUGCCCCACAGACUACAGAGACUGGCCGGCAUCCCUGCAGGCCCUGAGCCUCCCUGAGCUGUCCAGAGCCCUGGAGGACCGUGUCCAGGAGAUGGGACAGGCACUGUGGUCCGUGACCCAAAGCUUGGAGAAGUUGCAGGUGCUGACCGGAAGACAGAACUGGCGGGAGCCGUAG